CUUAAUGAAAAACAAUGGCACGCGGUCAUCAGAAGAUCCAGUCGCAGGCCAAGACAGCCGAGGAGCAGGCCAAGAUUAAGAAGCAACAGGGGCACAGUGAUCAGGACCAAAAGAAGGCCGCCCAAAAGGCGCUGCUGCAUGUGUGUGCCAUCUGUAUGUCACAGAUGCCGGAUCCAAGGACCUACAAGCAGCAUUUUGAGAAUAAGCAUCCAAAGAGCCCGCUGCCCGAGGAGCUGAAGAGUAUUUAAGAGG